AUGCACACCCCAACCAUCCUCCUCAUCGCGGCCGCAGCCAGCGCCGCCGUCGCCGCGCCCGUCACCACCAUCAAGCCUACCGACUCAACCAACCCUACCAACCCUACCAACAAGAUCAACCUUAACGCCCCCAUUGCCAAGGCACUUGCCUCCGCCGGCAUGGUCGACACAGAAGGCCACUGCAUGCACCCUCUGCACGACGGCCUCGCGUACCCACCGCGUGCCGCACUCUAUGCUGCUGACGCCGCCGCUGCUGACUUUGCUGCCGCUUCCGUCGUCGCUGCCGCCGCUGAGGAAGAAGAAGAGACCCAAGAGCAGUACAACAAGAAGCUCGUCAAGAUGGACAAGGCGCGUGAGCACGGUGUUGUCUGCACUGUUUUGUAG